GAGAAGUUGGACCAAAGAGGAUUAACUUGGUACCACUCUGCAUUGCACCUUCAACAGACCCCACAUUUGAUCGUGUUUUGGCGCCACACCGGCCCAAGAGUGUCGAGGUACCACAAUUUUCUCCCUCGACGCCUCAAUAAUUCAGUAAAAAAUGUCGAAAAAAGAUGUCAAGCCAGUGAACACUUUAUUCAACUACUUUAAGUCUCCAAAAAACACAACACCACAAGCUGAGAAGACGACACCGAAGCAGAAACCCGAGCCAACGACUCCAGUACGUGCCCCCAAGGGUCGAGUAGUUUCGGGGAAAGGAAAAGGCAAGGAAAACAAGGAUGAACCAAAGUCCACCAGCAAAAAGCGACCUCUGAAAGCUAGAACACCUGACCUCGAUGAUGAGGAAGAGGUGAAGAAGAAGAAGAAGAAGGAGGAAGAAGAUGACGAGGAUGAGGUUACUGCUAAGCCCAAGCGCAGGAGAAUCAUCAUUCCAGAAGAUGACUCUGAGGAUGGAGGGGAUGACAGUGAUGACUAUGUGCCUGAAGGAUCUGAGGAAGAUUCUGAGUCUGACGACAGCACUGAUGGCGUCACUGAGGGCUCGUUUGCCACAGAAACAGAAACUGAUGAUGAAACUCCAAAGAAAAAGCAAAAAUUGUCAAGUGAGAAAUCAAAGGGAGGAAACUGGAGGUCGAAGAAACCUGUAGUAAAGGUCACAUCAAAGGAUGAGUCCUUCCAGCUGCAAAAGACGCCGUCAGUGACAGGUCCCACAUCAGGCGGUGACUGCUGGCCGCACCUGAAGCUCGACUUCCUGAAGCCCGAAAAUCGUCGGGACAAGAAUCGUCGUCGUCCCACCGACCAGAACUACGAUCCUCGCACGCUCUACGUUCCUGAGGACUUCCUGAACAAGCAGACCCCAGCGAUGCGUCAAUGGUGGAUCCUAAAAUCCGAACACUUCGACUGUAUCCUAUUCUUUAAAGUUGGUAAAUUCUACGAGCUCUACCACAUGGACGCAGUGACCGGUGCCAACGAGCUGGGUAUCGCGUACAUGAAGGGCGAAUGGGCCCACUCAGGUUUCCCCGAAAUAGCCUACGGUCGUUUCUCCGGCCUUCUCGUAGAGAAGGGCCUGAAGGUGGCGAGAAUCGAGCAGACAGAAAACCCUGAGAUGAUGCAGGAGCGAGUGAAGAAAACCCCGAAAUCCACGAAAUUCGAUAAAGUUGUAAAACGAGAAAUUUGUCAGAUAUCAACACUAGGGACUCGAGUCUGUUCAGUCCAAGAUCCUGAGAUCAUGUCACCUGAGAGCAAUUACCUUCUCUCCCUGGUCGAGAAGACAGACCUGAAAACAAAACUUCCCAAAUUCGGUGUCUGUUUUAUCGACACAAGUAUCGGUGAGUUUCACCUGGGGGAGUUCGACGACGAUCGUUCCCACUCGCGCCUUCUGACGCUUCUCUCUCACUAUCUGCCAGUCCACGUGGUGUACGAGAAGGGGAAGCUGUCUCAGGAGACCAUGAAGAUCAUCAACACAUUAUUGUCGUCGGCCCUGAAGGAGCCCCUCCAGAAGGACGUGCAGUUCUGGUCAGCCUCGAAGACUCUAAAGUUCCUGCACGAGGGAGACUACUUUAAGAAUGAAACAGGGUCAGAUUUUCAGUGGCCUGAGGGCCUUAAGCCCUUCCUCAAUCCCGGGGACUCCCUGGGGCUCACCCCGGAUGAGGAUAAAGAACUGGCUGUGAAUGCUCUUGGGGGAUGUGUCUACAUACUGAAGGAUUUCAUGCUGGAUCAACAGAUCCUGGGGCAGAAACACUUUCAGGAGUACGUUUCCCCAGAUAUUGUCUUGUCGAAGAAUAAAAUGGAGGAGGGAACUAUAACUGUCAGCACAAUGGUGUUGGAUGCUAUCACCAUUAAUAAUUUGAGAAUUCUGGGAGACGAUGGAUCAUUACUGAAGACAUUAGAUCAUUGCUGCACAGCUUUUGGGAAGAGAUUGUUGAAGGAGUGGAUCUGUCGUCCCUCUUGUCGUAAAAACAUCAUCGUGAGUCGUCAGCAGGCUAUCACCGAACUUGUGGACAAUCCAGAUGUCAUGCAGGAGGCUAGAAAAUGCAUGAGCCAGCUACCAGAUAUGGAGAGACUUUUGAGUAAAAUUCACACUCAUGGCAGUGCCCAGAAGUUGAAGAAUCAUCCUGAUGGAAGAGCUUUCAUGUUUGAGUCACAGACGUACUCAAAAAAAAAGAUUUUAGACUUUACCACAGCUCUCGAUGGUUUCCAAAGCUCCAUGAAGAUUGCCUCCAUGUUCGAGGACUUUCAAAGUUAUCUGUUAAAAAGAACGCUGAGAAAAGAUCCUGGGGGAGAAUUUCCGGAUCUCCAGGAGACACUUGACUACUUCAAAACAGCUUUUGAUCACGAGGAAGCUAAGAAAGAGGGGAAUAUCGUACCGAAGCAAGGCGUGGAUGCUGAAUACGACGAGGUACUUGAGGAGCUCAGCACGAUAAAAAAUGAGAGUAAUUCUUAUCUUAAACAGCAGGAGAAACAUUUUGGUGGAAAAGUGACCUUCGCGGGAAAUGAUAAAAAGAGAUUUCAGCUGGAGGUACCUGAAGGCCGGGCCAAACACGCAGAUUCUUCUUACGAACUCCAGGGCCAGAGGAAGGGCUUCAAGAAGUACUACACCAGUGAGUGCAGAGAAUUUCUGGAGAGGCAGAUGAAGGCCGAGGAGCAGAGGGAUAAAAUCCUGAAGGACCUUAGCAGAAGAAUAUUUGCGAAAUUCAGUGAAAAGUACGAUCUGUGGAGCUCAGCAAUCUUCAAGAUUGCAACGCUCGAUGUACUGAUUUCAUUCGCUGAAUACGCCAGAAGUGCAGAGACAUGUGUUCCUGAGAUCAAUGAUGAUGAUGAGGAUGUGUCGACGAUCAUCAAGGAGGGGAAACAUCCAUGUAUUUCUUCGGAUAAUUUUGUGCCUAAUGACACCAGCAUUUCCGCGGAGGGUAAUGCAAGUCUCAUGAUUCUCACUGGUCCCAAUAUGGGGGGUAAAUCCACUCUCAUGAGACAGGUCGGACUGAUCACAGUGAUGGCUCAGAUUGGGAGUUAUGUACCGGCUGCUGAGUGCAAGCUCAGUCUCGUUGACAGGAUUUUCACGCGACUGGGGGCUAGCGAUGAUAUUUUGACUGGGAGGAGCACAUUUUUGAUUGAACUUAGUGAAACAGCGAUGAUUCUUCAGCAUGCCACCACCAAAUCGCUUGUACUGCUGGAUGAAUUGGGCAGGGGAACAUCAACUUACGAUGGAACUGCUAUUGCUGCUGCUGUUGUCAAUGCUCUGACGAAGCUCAAGUGCAGGACACUUUUCUCAACUCAUUAUCACUCGCUGGUGGAGGACUUUGAGAAGAAUGAGAAUGUCUCGUUGGGACACAUGGCUUGCGAGGUGGAGACUGAGGAGGAGGAGGGAAUCUCGGAGGAGACGGUGACGUUUCUUUAUAAAUUGGUGGAGGGAGCGUGUCCCAAGUCUCAUGGAUUCAAUGCUGCUAGGCUGGCUGGAAUUCCUGCGAGCAUCACCAGAAGGGCUAGGGAGAUUGCAGGGAGAUUUGAAAAGGAAGCGAAUCAGAGACAAAUAUUUACUAGUCUUUGCAAGGGAGGGAAUGGAGUUAAUGAGAUUAUUAAGAAGCUUAAGAGCAGUCUUGUUGUUUGAAUAACGAGACCUUUUUUCUAAAUUAUUUUGAAAUUUGGUCCAGGAUUGUUAGGGUAAUAUUUCAUUUUUGGAAGAAAAUUCAAAGUGAAUGAUUGAAGAGAAAAUAUUGAACGUAAUUUUUCUCAUUAAAUUGUGCGAAGGUUCUAGGUGGUCAUUACACAAUUGAGUAAUUUUCCUUAUGUUUUUUUUUGCAUUUUCUUUUGUAUUUUGUUAGUGUAGACCUUGUACUUUCUGAGAAUUUCCAUAAUGCGCAGGACGCGACCAUUUCCCAUUAUGAGUAUCAUUCAUCGUUUGUGUGACCUUCUGAAUUCAAUAUGAUUGGCAGUUCCAAUCGGAAGUUCUGGAGGAACUUGACUGAGCCAUUAAUAGCUGUUCUCUGUUUCGUUACGUUUAUUAGAUAAUUCCUUGAAAUCGUCAGUAUUUUUUUGUAUUGUUACCAACAUUCUUUAUGUAAUAAAUAUUAUUCAGGUACAUUUUUUAAUAAAAUUUUGGAUAAAUACUCUAA